AUGAGCAAUCAAAAGGAAAGCAAUACCGGAUCUACGUCGGGAUCGGCCCCUGCCAAGUUUCAAUUCGAUGAUCUGAUUCAAAUGCUCAAAAAGAGUUUCUUAGAAGAAACUAAAGAACUACGAGAUGAAGUGAUGGAGUGGAAAGUGAAAUGUAAAGAGUUGGAAAAGCAAAAUAGUAUCUUGGACUAUAGAGUUAAGGGCUCAAAUAACAAAAUUGUUGAAUUAGAAAAGAAAGUUGAAGAGUUAGAGGAGCAGAAAAACGCAUCUCUUCGGAAGUAUUAUGACCUGAAAAAAGAGUAUGAAGACCUCACUCAAUUUAAAGCUUCUAUCACCAGUAUGGUUAGUCCAACCAAAGAAAAACCAAAAGCUCCGAUACUUUCAAGCUCUUCAACAUAUACCUCCUCUAUAGCAAGCGUAGCCACAAAUCUAACAAGCAAAUUCUCUUCUCCAGAAGUGAGAAAAACAGGUAGCACUGGAGUAGGUGAUUUCUCAAGUUUAAGCAGUGACAGUGUUUUAGAGACACCUCAUCACCAGAAAGACAAUGUUCCAGUUCUCACAACUUCACAGCAGAGAAGCAGAUACGGCUCGGAUUCACCAAUAGUUAUCCAUUCAAAGAGCCCAACCUCUUACCAUCGAGAUCAACCCUACCGAAGCAGGAGUGCAACGCUAUCUUCACAACGAAAGAGGUCGUCCAUCCUCAAAGAUUCGAGUUCUUUUUCAAGAGAAAAGAAUGUUAAAUUCUCUCCAAAUACGAAAGGAAGUGACGACUUGAUGUCAAAUAAUUCUUCUUUUGUAGCUCCUCCAACACCUCACUCUUCUUUUGGCGUGCAAUAUUCAAAACGAGCGGACACGACGAAAUCAUCUGAGACGACCUCGUCUAACACAGAGAAUUCAAGGAGUAACAGUGAGCGGUUAACAUCCACUCCGUCAAGAAGAUUUGCUUCUGACUCAGGUGAUUUAAAAUUGGACAACUCGACACGAAGACAGAAUUCGCUUGACAUUGACAUGCUCAACGAAGAUACUGAAGACGGAGGAGCUCAAGAACUUUAUUUGAAAGUUAAAAAAGCACUAACUCCAGAAGAGUUUAAAGCAUUCAGCUCGAACAUUAGAAAGUUAAAUAUGGGAGAGCAAUCUAUAACAACCACGCUAGUUAAUCUAAGAGAGGUGAUUGGAGAGGACAGGCAACAUUUAUAUGCACAACUGAAACGUGCCAUCUCCUCUGGAGAAAUGUAA